GAGACCGGCAUCCGCAACCUCUACGUCAUCAAGGCGUGCCAGUCCCUGACCUCGCGCGGCUAUGUCAAGACCCAGUUCUCGUGGCAAUACUAUUACUACACCCUGACCCCCGAGGGUCUCGACUACCUCCGGGAGUGGCUGCACCUCCCCGCCGAGAUCGUCCCGGCUACCCAUAUCAAGCAGCAGCGGUCUCAUGCCCCGCCUCGUGGCAUGCUUGGCGGCGAGGAGCGUGGCGAGCGGAGGUUUGGCGGCCGUGGCCGUGGCGACCGGGGCGACCGGGAGGGCGGCUACAGGCGCCGGGAUGCUGGUGAGGGCAAGGAGGGCGGUGCGCCGAGCGACUUUGCUCCUCAGUUGUAA